AUGAUAGGCUUAGAUAAUGCUGGAAAAACUACAAUUUUGUAUAAAUUAAAUCCAAAAAAAAUAGUAACAUUUAUUCCAAGGAUUGGAUUUAAUGUAGAAAAACUUUAAUUAAAAUAAUGUGAAAUUUUUGCCUGGGAUAUAGGAGGAUCAGAUCCAAGAUUAUAAGUUUAUUGUCCAGAUGAUUUAACUUAUAAUGGAAUAAUUAUUGUAAUUGAUAGCUCUGACAAAGAGAGAAUGAUAUGUACAAUCGAAGAUUUUCAUAAGCUAUUGAGUAUUGAAAAAUUUAAAGACUUGCCUAUUUUAUUAUUUGCAAAUAAAAAAGAUCUUGCUUAAGUGAACAUAAAAGAAAUUGCGAGUGAGUUUAUGCUUGAAAAAUUACCUUAAAAUUGGCAUAUUCAACCUUGUUGUGCCCCUACAGGUGAAGGAAUUUAAGAAGGACUUAAAUGGAUGUAAUAAUAGCAUAAGUGA